ACCUCACAGAGGUAGCUCCUCCGCCGGCAGCUGCUCGGCGCCCCGGCGGUCCAUGGACCGGAACCCCGGGCGGACCGGCAGGAACCCGGGCCGCGACCGCCGCCUCCCGGCCCCAGGCUCCGCCUCCUUGCUCCCCGCCGCCCUCUGCGGAAGCCCGCCGGCAGCGCACCACCGCCGCGGGCCUCUCGGAGCCGCGCCGGGAGGCUGUGUGGCGGGGCCGCGGACGCCGCGGGACUGAGGCCUACUCCGCCGCCUCUCAGUGCUAUUGUCCCCGGGCCUGGCCCUGAGCGGGGCUGCGGGCGACGACCGAGCUCGCCGGCUCCGCGGAAGAUGCCGGACCAAGCCCUUCAACAGAUGCUGGACAGAAGUUGCUGGGUGUGUUUUGCCACCGAUGAAGAUGAUAGAACAGCUGAAUGGGUGAGACCAUGCAGAUGCAGAGGAUCUACUAAGUGGGUUCACCAGGCUUGUCUACAACGCUGGGUGGAUGAGAAGCAGAGAGGAAACAGUACAGCCAGAGUGGCAUGUCCUCAGUGCAAUGCUGAAUACCUAAUAGUUUUUCCAAAGUUGGGUCCAGUCGUUUAUGUCUUGGAUCUUGCAGAUAGACUGAUCUCAAAAGCUUGUCCUUUUGCUGCAGCGGGAAUAAUGGUUGGAUCUAUCUAUUGGACAGCUGUGACUUAUGGAGCAGUGACAGUGAUGCAGGUUGUAGGCCAUAAGGAAGGGCUGGAUGUUAUGGAGCGAGCUGACCCUUUAUUCCUUUUGAUUGGACUCCCCACCAUUCCCGUCAUGCUGAUACUGGGCAAAAUGAUUCGCUGGGAGGACUAUGUGCUCAGACUGUGGCGCAAAUACUCAAACAAACUGCAGAUCUUGAACAGUAUAUUUCCAGGGAUUGGUUGUCCUGUUCCUCGAAUUCCAGCUGAAGCUAAUCCUUUAGCUGAUCAUGUCUCUGCUACCCGAAUUUUGUGUGGAGCCCUUGUCUUUCCUACUAUUGCGACAAUAGUUGGUAAACUGAUGUUCAGUAGUGUUAACUCAAAUUUACAAAGGACAAUCUUGGGUGGAAUUGCUUUUGUUGCCAUAAAAGGAGCAUUUAAAGUUUACUUCAAACAGCAGCAAUAUUUGCGUCAGGCACACCGCAAAAUCCUAAAUUAUCCAGAGCAAGAAGAAGCAUAAAACUGACUUGUGUUUGUUCUGAGGCCUCUCAUCCGGACAAGUCUGCUGUGUCGUUCUGAUUCCUCAUUAAUGCACUAGUGGAGACUUGUGACAAGCUACUGCUCCUAUAUUUUUAAGAAAUAUAAUAAAGCACGCAAGGCAGGCGAUCCUCUCAGUAAUCACAGAACCUAAGGAUACGAUUCAACUUGAUUAUUUGUAUGUACUGCUUUGACAGCCAUCGGCUAAACCAUUAUCUUAGCAUGGUAAACCUGGGUUUGUUCAUAUUUUUUCAGACAAAAAUGUAAAGAUAAAACUGUACAAAUAUUAAAAAUGGACAUGCUGUUUUAUUCUGAUGCCUCUUUUGUAUAUACUCAUGUUCAGUGUUUUCUUAGAAACAGCAACUCAAUGAAGGUACUGUGAGAACUUUUCUCACUGGUAUCAUUUGAUUACAUGCUAAACAGGAGCCUGUGUUAAUAUGAGGAAAUGUAAAUUGGUUCUGAAUAAAUAACAAACCAAAAAAAAUUAUGUAAGCAUUGAAAUGACCAUCUGAACAACAGGGAUUCUGUUGCCUUUUCCUUAAUCCAUGUGACAUCUCAGAUGUGUAGGGUCAGUCUCCAGGGCUUCCAGAUCACUUUUUCACUAUUAAACUUUAUUUAUACAAUGUUGACAUCUCAUAGUUCAUAAUGUAAUUUUGACCCCUGUAGUCGUCAUAUUUGUCUGUGUGUGUAUCUGGGGUCGUUUAGAAAAGGUGGGCGGGAGGGAAGGAGAGGGUAAGGAUAGAAGAAAUGAGGUAGAAGGCCCUUAUGUCACUUAAUGUUUUUAAAUUUGUACUUCUGGAACUUGGAGCUGCCAGUUAGUAAUUUAAAUAGAGAACAACUUGCAAAAAAAUGAUAAUAAAAUUAUUGUUUUUUCAUCGA